AUGUGGCGAGGAGCGCAGAACGCGCAUGACCAGCGUCGGCUCAUGGACGAGGGCAUGACUGCCGCAGAGUCGGCCAACGCUCUUGACGCGGCGCGCGCCGAAGGCCGGCGCGUGGGCUCCGCGGCCGAGGAGCGCCAACGCGCCGCUGAUCGGGCAGCCAAGGAGCGCCGCACACGGGCUGCCAAGAUCUGCUCCAACUUGGCCGAGUGCCGGCUCAAGCUCGAGCAGUGGGAGGCGGCGGCCGCGGCGGCGAGUGACGCGCUGGCGCUCGUGCCGACGCACGCCAAGAGCCUCGUGCGUCGCGCCAAGGCCGCCGUGAGACUCGGCGAGGUGGAGGCCGCCGCAAACGACUUGCGGCAGGAGGCGAAGCGCAAGGAGGCCGCGCGCAACAAUGCUUUUGCCGCGGGCUUCGCCGGCGCGCUAGGUGGCGGUGGUCCACCGCCUCCCGACGUGCCUAACGCGGCGGCGCCGCGCUUCCCACGAGCGCCCGAUCAGGCGCGGGGCGAGACCAUGGGCGGCCAGAUGCAUGACAUGGGCCUCCAGGCGACGGCGUGGGCGCACGGCUUGGGCGUCGCGCAGCAGCACGAGUGGCUCCUCGACUGCUAUCGCAUGCGCGUGGACGACGACAUGUGCUGGGGCGGUGGACAAUUGCGCGGGCUCUACGGCAAGCAGGCGGGCGAAGACAGCUCCAUCACGACGGAUUUCAUGGUCUUUUGCAAGCUGGCCGUGCGUCACGACGUCGUGCCGGUGGGCUGGGACUGGCCCGCCUUCCUGCGCGUGGCCGAGACGCUGCUGCCGUAUGCUUUCGAGAAGGCCGACGCCAAGGAGAAGUGGGGCAGAGAGAACGUCUUCGCCGUCCUCACCGGCGGCCGUUCGCUGCGCGCGACCGCCGAGGUUGUAUACGCUAAUUCGUGCCAGGAGCAGGGGCCGUCGGCGGCCAUGAGGGCGAUGACACGCCGGUGUCGCCAUCCCGGGCCAGAGUGGCACGAUGUCGGUGGCCGCCACGCAUGGCAGGCGCUGGCACGUGCUCUCGGCGAGGACCCAGCGUGGUGGACGAGCGCCGCCGCCGACGACGUGGGUGAGGAGGACGAGGAGGACGACUACGCCGAGAUCGUCGCCAGUCGUUCUGCGCCGUGGCGAGCCGCCGCCCAGGCCAAAGAAGCAGACGACAGCCAGCCACUGCAGCCGCAGGACCGGGUGAUGGUGAGCGGCCUGGUCGGACGGCCGGAGCUCAACGAGGCUCUCGCGACCGUGCUCCUGCCCGUGGACCCGGUCAGCGGCCGCUGCUGCGUCCGCGUGCGCCGACCGGAGGUUGGCUUCUGCGCCCUAGACGAUGUCAAGCUCAAGCCGCAGAACCUGAGCAAGAUGCCGCUGCCUACCGUCGCCCCGGCCGAUGCGACGGACGGCUUCCACCCGCUGCAUAUCGCGGCCAUCGAAGGGCGGGCGGAGCGCGCCGAAUUCUACCUCAGCCAAGGCACCGACCCCGAUCUCCUCGACGCCGACGGCUGGACUCCGCUCAUGCGCGCAUGCCUGUGGGCCCAAGCCGAGGUCGUGCAGCUUCUCCUCGCGCAUGGCGCGACGCCCGACGUGCCCGCGACCACGACGGGCAGCACCGCGCUGAUGUUCGCAUGCAUGCACGGGCCGCUCCGACCUCCGCCCACCAUGCCCUACAACGCCUUCCGCCACAAGCUGACCGUGGAGAGCUUGCUCGCGCACGGCGCACAACCCGCCAUCGGUAACGCCAAGGGCGAGAGUGCGCGCAUGUGGGCACGCCAGAGCGGUGCCGAGGAGAUUCACCAGAUGCUGAGCGACUGA